UCAAGCGCUUGGCCUUCCCGAACCCCUUUUGUCCAUCUUCUGUAUCCCCCAUUCUCCCUCCCUUUGGUUGCUUAGCACACGCAGGAAACAACACAAAACGAGCAUUUUAUCUCCUUUCCCAUAUUUUCUCAGCAACCAAACAACACCCCCUCCUCAGUCCAACACCAACACCAACACAAACACCAACACCAUGGAAGUGGAGGUCAAGCUCCGGCUCCCAGACUCCGGCUCCCACCAAAAGCUCUCCUCCCUCCUCUCCCCCUUCCACACCAAAACCCUAAUCCAAGAAAACGUCUUCUUCGACGGCUCCAAUUCCGAGCUCUCCUCCAACCUCGCCGUCCUCCGCCUCCGCUUCUCCAACCUCACCAACAACAGCACUAACAAUCCCCACUCUGUCCUCUCUCUCAAGGCCAAACCCGUAAUUUCCGACGGCAUCAGCCGCGUAGAAGAGGUCGAAGAGCCCCUGGACUCCACCCUCGCCCGCGCUUGCAUCGCCGAGCCCUGGCGCCUCUUGUCGGUGGACUCGUCGUCAAUAAUCCGGAGAGUGAAGGAAGAAUUCGGGGUCGCAGGGCUCGUGUGCUUGGGCGGCUUCAGGAAUGUGAGGGCGGUGUAUGAAUGGCAAGGAUUGAAGCUCGAGAUCGACGAGACGGGCUACGAUUUCGGGACGUGCUACGAGGUUGAGUGCGAGAGCGCCGAUCCGGAGAGGGUUAAGCUGUUGAUUGAGAGGUUUUUGGAGGAGAAUGGGAUCGGGUUUUCGUAUUCCGAGAUGUCAAAAUUCGCGAUUUUUCGGUCCGGGAAGUUGCCGUCGUAACCUCCGUUAAAAUUUCGGUUGCCAUAUUUUGAUGGGAAUUAGUAAAAAAGGAAAACAAAUCUUUCCUACUUCCUAUAUCUGUUUCUUUUAGAUGUGAGGUCAUACUUUGGUGUAUCUUUUAAUGGUUGUUUUCACCUUAUAUUAUUCGGCACUAUCUUUUUUUUCUUCUUUCUUUUUUGAGAAAUUAU